AACUUGUGGUGCCUCAUCGUUCCAGACACUGUUUCCAAACCUGUGCAGAUCCUACUUGAACUGUGAUUCCACCAUUGAGUUCUUGGCUUAUCUUUCUUCCUCCCAUGUGGUUUAUUUGAAUUACAGUUUUAGGAGAAAUCUAGUGUUAGGAAGUUGGAUGAGUAUUAGUAACUGUACUUUGCUUCCUUCCUGUGCUGACAGGAGUAGUUUAUAAUUUCAGGGAUCUGGAGUCUUCUCCUGAGCUAAAAGACAUAAUCUUUUCAUUUCCUGUGGACAUCUUCAUGGUCUUCCAUAUUCAGAAAUGCUUUAAAAGCCUUCGCUUCCGACGCAAUACUUCAAAACCUUGCUCCUUUUUCCAUACCUCUCCUGAAAAUUGCUCAUCUGCUCUUUCUUCAAUUUUUUCUUCUCCGCUGGGAUCGUCACAGUUUGAAGACUCUACAAGACUAUCUGACCUUGACAUCAUCAUAUCUAAAGUAUCUGUUGGAAGCAGUGAUGAUGAAGUUCUACGGUCUCUUGCACAAGAUCAAGCAUGUAAUAGCAUUCAGCUCACGGAUAAACUUGUUGAUCAACUGUUUCAUCGGUUUAAGAAUGAUUGGAAGUCUGCAUUGGGUGUAUUUAGAUGGGUAGAGUUAUGCUCCGACUAUAAACCCACCCCAGAUGCAUAUGAUUUGAUAGUUGACAUUUUGGGUAAAAUGAAGCAAUUGGAUAAGAUAACGGGUUUGUUAGAAAAAAUGCGCCAGGAUCAUCUGGUGACUCUUAACACCGUAGGUAAGGUUAUGAGAAGGUUUGCUGGUGCAGGGAAAUGGGAGGACUCUGUGAGGAUAUUUGAUGAUUUAGGAAGUUUUGGGUUGGAGAAGAACACAGAAUCUAUGAACUUAUUGCUUGACACCCUUUGCAAGGAGAACAAAGUUGAGAAGGCCCGUGAGAUCUUCUUAGAGCUGAAAUCACAUAUCUCGUCCAAUGCUCAUACCUUUAACAUUUUCAUUCACGGUUGGUGCAAGAUCAAACGGGUUGACGAGGCACAUUGGACAAUCCAAGAGAUGAAGGGACAUGGCUAUCGCCCUUGUGUCAUCAGUUACUCGACCAUCAUCCUGUUUUAUUGCCACCAAUACAAUUUUGGUAAGGUCUAUGAAUUGUUUGAUGAAAUGGAAGCUCAGGGGUGCUCCCCAAAUGUCGUCACAUAUACCUCUGUCAUGUGUUUUCUAGCAAAGUCCGAGGAGUUUGAGGAAGCUUUGCAGUUAUAUGAGAGAAUGAAAUCUGCUGGAUGUGAUCCCGAUACACUUUUCUACAAUUCACUGAUCCACACACUAGGAAGAGCUGGCCGAGUCCGAGAGGCUGUCCAUGUCUUCGACGUUGAAAUGCCUGAGAAGGGGGUUCCUCCUAAUACAUCAACUUACAAUACAAUGAUUGCCAUGUUUUGCCACCACGGGGAAGAGCAAAAGGCCUUUAAUGUCCUCCUGCAGAUGGAAAAUGCAGGGUUAUGCAAACCUGAUGUUCAGACGUACUAUCCAUUGCUUAAAAUGUGCUUCAAAACUGGAAAAGUAGACGAUUGUUUGACUCAAUUAUUGAAUGACAUGGUCAAUAGACAUCAUCUCAGUCUCGACCUCUCCAGCUAUACUCUUUUGAUUCACGGACUAUGCAGAGCAAAUAGAUGCGAGUGGGCUUACCUUCUCUUCAAGGAGAUGAUUGGUCAAGAGAUAAAGCCUAGGUACAAGACAUGUCGUUUUCUCUGGGAUGAAGUGAAGCUGAAGAAUAUGUUUGCCGCUGCUGAUACCAUUGAAGAUUUCAUGAAGAAACUGUAGUCGCAUGGGAACCAUCUCAGGGUACUUGAGUUCAUUUGACGUGACACUUGAAGAAACGCAUCCUGGCUCAUUGUCGUUGCUUUAAGUAUGGAUUUGUGUAUGAAGAGAUGGGGGAGAAAUACUUCAGGCUAUGCACAGUUGUAGGAGUCGGGACACUAAGAACAGUUACGGUUGCAGCGCAUUAGGACUGGAUACGGUUGCUGCUGGAGAUUUCGCUUUUGGUUCGGAAUGUCUGGCAUCAACCAUUUUAGGGACUGAGAGGCGUAAAAGGUAAAAGAUUGAUGUCAAGGAACUGGAUGGGGAGGAAAGAUCAUACUUCUGAAAGUGUUGUCCAGAACUUGUUUUAAUCAGAUUAAAGAUUCCACCUCCCACCACACCUGAGCAGAAGGAAAUUAACGAGACGAUCCUGGCGCUGGUCCGAAGGGCUCAUCUCACAUUACUUUUGGGACAUUGCAUGUCCUUGUUCAUUUUUAUCAAAUGAUUCUCCAUUUAUUUAUUCAAUCCAAAUGCCAAAAUUAAACAUGA